AGCCGACGGUUCAGUCCGCUACGAGCCGUCGUAGCGUUGCUACGAGUCUACGGCGCUGCUACGCUCGAGUUACAUAAACUUGGAACCAUAUCACAAUGCCGGUAAAUAGUAAAUAUGUGACAAAAACUUAUGUUCUAAGCUUCCUUAUAUACGUAUAAUUUACAAAGGUAAUCAGUGUUAAUGGUUGUGUUAAAAACAGUGAAAUAAUCGUGAUUAUGUAGCGGUUUUCAGUUCCUUCCUUUCGAUUUUGAAAACGGAAAUAAGAUGCAAAAACAACAAAGAAGUGCAAUGAAGUUAAAUAAAACAAAUAAUAGUUAAGUGAAAACAAUGGGAAAAGUGUCAAUUAUUCAACCAUGAAGAUUUAUAAGAAAUUAUUUUGGACUUUACUGCAAGCCUUCGUUUUGUUACCGACGAUAGCGCUGCGAGAUUCCCACGUGGUGAACCGAAAACUGAUCGAUGUGCCACAGUUUGAGCGACCCAUCGGCAACCAUACCUUCCACAUAGGAAAAGAAGCCGUCCUUGGUUGUUCUGUCAUUAAUCUAGGAAAGCAUAAGGUGGGCUGGCUUCGAGCGGAAGACCAAACAGUAUUAUCCCUCAACGAUCGAGUGGUCCUCAGUCCUCGAUACUCCGUGAACCUGGACACUCCCAGCACUUGGCAGUUGAGGAUCAGACCUCUGAGGGCAGAGGACCGUGGCUGCUACAUGUGUCAGAUCAACACCCAGCCCAGUAUGAAGUGGCAGAUUGGAUGUAUUGAUGUUUAUGUUCCUCCUGACAUAAUCAAUGAAGAAACGUCAGCAGAUGUGUCAGCCCAGGAGAUGGACAACGUGACCCUCAUCUGUAGAGCCUCAGGGCACCCUCCUCCGAAGAUCACUUGGAGGAGGGAAGACCAUGAGCCUAUGCUGCUCAAGAAAGUUGGCAGCAGGGACUUUUAUAAAGUCGAGAGCUACGUGGGUAGCUCGCUGCCGCUGUGGCGCGUGGACCGGCGGCAGAUGGGCGCGUUCCUGUGCAUCGCCGCCAACGACGUGCCGCCCGCCGUCAGCAAGCGCAUCAUACUUAAUGUUAACUUUUCACCAACGGUGAUAGUGCCAAACCAGUUGCUGGGCGCGCCGCUCGGCACUGACGUUAUACUUGAGUGCACCGUGGAGGCGUAUCCCAAUACUAUCAACUAUUGGCUCAAGAACAGAGGAGAGAUGUUACUUGACGGGCCAAAGUACGUGAUUGGCGAGGAGCGGUCUUCCUAUAGGGUGAUGAUGAAGCUCACCAUCAGACAUUUUUCAAAAAACGACAUCGGUACUUACAACUGUGUUAGUACCAACUCCUUAGGAAAGAGUGAGGGCACUCUUAGACUUUAUGAAAUAAAACUGUAUCCUAGUUCCCAAUCGUCGGCCGAAGUUAACAUAGGAGGUCUAACAGAAGGUGCUGUGAAACAAAAUUCCCAAUAUAACAGUUCAACGACCUUUCAACAGACGAUCACCAUAAUUGCUCUACUAACAUUAUUACAACUAUAUUAGAAGCUAUUGUUAUGUGAUAAUUUAAUGUAAAUAUGUACAUAUAUUCGACACGGUCAUUAAACAUGUAAGCGUUAUAAUUUUAGAAUAAUAAUUGGUACCUAGUGUUUUGUUUGAACUGAAACUCUGAUUAUAUUGUGUUUUGUAAUAAGAUUUUGUGUUUAGCAACCUGGUUAGUGUUUUUAGUUAUAUUGUUUUUACUAUUUUUUCGUGUAUUUUACCAAAUUACUUAUGUGUAUAUAGGGUGUAAACGACACGUACCAAACGCCACAAAUAAGGGAUAGUGAGAAAUUAGGAUUGUUUUCAAAAAAGUUAAGAAUAUCAAUGUUUAUUUGAUGUAAUAAUAGUUGAAAUAAACUACUUAAUGCUUAGGGAUUAAAAUUUAAACAAAUAUGGGGUUUCAGGAGCGUUUCGUUUACACCUGUAUCUAUACGUUAAAAUAUUUGGUUUGUUUUUCUUAGAAGGUACGGUUUUUGUAUAUUAUGACAAUAAAAUGUCGUAUCAUAAAAUAUACAUAUCGACCUAAAUAAACCCUUAAAAAUCUGUAACUGAAACUAGACUAAUGAUUUGUAUGAAAAAUUGUUUGAACUGGAAAACUUGUAUUUUUUUUACAAUUUUUGUUGUACCUAUUUCUUUUUUGUCUAAAGUAAAUAACAGCGAACCCAUUUAAAGUUUUCAUAAUUAAAAUUAUUUUUGGCUAUUUUUGUUUACGACCUGUAUCCAAAUGUUUUAGAUGUUUAAAAUAGAAUUCUAUAUCCUACAAAAUAAGAAUUAUUGUUCCCUAUUCCAUAACUAUUGUAAACAGUUCCCCAAAUAAACAUUUUAGAAGAAAAAGAAAAA